AGCAUUAAGAAAUAAAUUAAGAACAAAAAUAUUUUAAAGCAAAUCAUUGAAAAAUCUAAAAUAAAUUAUAAAAGUAUGGGAUCAUCUAACGUUUGUGAUUUACCUGACGAUGUUCACGAUCCCAUUUACAUGGACUGUUAUCGCAGAUCUUUGGAAAAUCCCGAAGAAUUUUGGGAUGAGCUAGGACGCCUAGUUGAUUGGUUUAAGCCGUGGGAUACAGUUUUAGAUAAUUCGAACGCUCCCUUCACCAAAUGGUAUUCAGGUGGUUACUUAAAUGCCUGCUACAAUGCUGUUGAUCGCCAUAUAUUGGCAGGUAAAGGUACGAAAGUGGCUUUAAUACACGACAGUCCAUUGACAAACACAAUACGUCACGUCACCUAUCAAGAAUUGUAUGAUAAGAUAAAUAAACUGGCUGGCGGUAUCGCCAGCUUGGGUGUCAAGCGUGGUGACAAGGUGGUAAUUUAUAUGCCUUUGAUACCAGAAGCUAUUGUGGCUAUGUUAGCCACCGCUCGUCUUGGUGCCAUACAUUCGGUAGUGUUUGGUGGCUUCGCAGCUAAUGAACUAUGCACGCGCAUCGAACAUGCAAAGCCUAAGAUUAUUAUAGCGGCCAACUGUGGCGUUGAGCCGGGUAAAAUUAUACCGUAUCUUGAUAUUUUGCAUAACGCUUUAUGUAUAUCAAAAUGGAAGCCGACUUGCAAUGUUAUAUUUCAACGCAGCAAAAUUCUGACUUCCACCUUGAAAGAGAAAACCGACCUUGACUGGGACGUACUGCAGGUGUUAGGUGAACCCGUAGAUUGUGUACCAGUCGAAGCCAACGAUCCUCUGUACAUACUAUAUACGUCAGGCACAACAGACAAACCAAAGGGCGUGCAACGGCCUAUUGGCGGUCAUUUGGUGACUUUAAUGUACACCAUGAAAAUGAUUUAUGGCGUUAAUCCGGACGAGGUGUGGUGGGGUGCCUCAGAUUUGGGCUGGGUAGUGGGCCACUCAUAUAUAUGCUAUGGACCGUUAUUAUAUGGCGCUACAAGUGUUAUGUAUGAAGGCAAACCGGACCGCACACCAGAUGCAGAACAAUAUUAUAGGAUAAUAGAGCAACAUCGUGUAGUUUCUCUAUUUUCGGUACCUACAGCUUUUCGUGUUUUACGACGUACUGACCCUGAUUGCGAAUGUGGUAAAAAGUAUUCCUUGAAGUCCUUGCGUUCAAUUUUUAUUGCUGGCGAACAUUGCGAUCUUGAGACAAAAGGAUGGAUUGAGAAAACCUUCAAAGUUCCGGUGCUCAACAAUUGGUGGCAAACAGAAACUGGAUCCGCCGUUACUGCCACUUGUAUGGGCUUCAAACACAGCCUUAAUCCACCUAAGUUCACUACUGGUUUACCUUUUGUGGGUUACAAUAUUAAAAUAUUACAACCAGACGGUACCGAAUGUCAAACCUCCAAGUUGGGAAGAAUAGUGCUCAAGCUACCUUUACCUCCCGGUAACAUGUCAACUUUAUAUGGCAACAACGAAUUAUAUAAGAAAAUCUAUUUUAGUAAAUAUCCGGGUUAUUAUGACACUAUGGAUGCGGGAUAUAAAGACGAAAACGGUUACAUAUAUGUAACGGCUCGAGACGAUGAUAUCAUCAAUGUGGCUGGUCAUCGCAUUUCUACUUCUAGCUUAGAAGACGCUGUAUUACGCCACCCGGACGUAAUGGAUGCCGCGGUGUUUGGCGUACCUGAACCCACCAAAGGUCAGGUUCCUUUAUGCCUUUUUGUUCCACGUGCCGAAUGUGCAAAGUCAAAUGUAAAAGUAGCUGCCGAAAUCAUUCAAAAUAUUCGCAAUAUCGUGGGACCUAUAGCCUCAUUCCGCUUAGCCGCUCCCGUUCAUGGCUUACCCCGCACACGUUCGGGUAAGACAAUGCGGAAGGCUUUAGCCGAUUUCGCUAAAAACGAACUUGUAGUUUUGCCUGCCACAAUCGAAGAUCCCAGCGUAUUCAAAGACGUACGUCGUGCUCUGCAAAGCCUAGGGUACGCGUUAAAUACCCCUGAACCAAUUACAGAGAAAAAUGAUUUGAAUCAGUAACGUUUUUACCUAUUUUCUCUCAUUAUUAUACAUAUUUUGUAAUUUAAUGUAUCUUGUUAUUAAUUCGUGUCCCCACAUGCAUAAUCGUUUAAUUAUAUACCGACAAUAAUUACAUUAAAUGGUUGAUAAGA